UUUUAAAGGCGUCACAGAAGCGUGGUGGUAAACCGCACGCUAUGAUGAAUGCGCCUUUCGCUCAGUUGGAGUUGGAGUACUAACCAUUCCAGCGAUUCCAGUCGCGCGAGUGAGGUGUUGGACGGAUAAGCGAGAGUAAGGCUAAACAUUGUAGCGAUCACGCAUCUCAAUUUUACAGAUCAGUUAGACGCGAUGUGCGACAUUGCUGGUUUACGCGAAUGUCGUCGAAAUUAUCGCGAAUCGUUGGUCGUGUGUGCUUUUUGAAGAAGUGUACGUACGGACGAUUUUCGUGGAAAGAAAAAGGGAGGAACGCAGUAUGGACCAAAGACGGUAAAUACUCGUAUAGCCGAGCGACCGAUAUGUCGCGGCGAUCCAGAUUCGCCACGUUCGGCUAACAGGUUUCCAUGAGGAGAGGAAUCAUUGGUAGAGAAGCAACUAUAUACAGAGAAAAUAAUCUUCCGAGCACACGACAAGACUUAUAACAUAAACAAUGCAUAAUGAAGCUUUGAAUGAAGAUUCUCUUUUGAAGUAUGCAAUAUACACGCACACGUAAGAAUGGAAAUGAAUACACAUCACAUUGCAUGCUCACAAUGAGCUAAGCGAGUGUUACUGAUCAAUUGCACAUUUAUCUUUGACAUUUCUGCAUGAGUGUAUUAAUAUAGACUUCACAAAAUGCAUACUUCGAGAUAUUCUGGAUAUCACAUUAAUACACAUCGUGAUUACAUUACAGAUGGCGAAGAAAGCCAUAGAGCUCCUUCAGAUCGUACUGUAUCUGAGUAUAUCGUUGCUAAUGAGCAUACAACCAUGGUAAAACCAAUAAGAAAGACUCACGGAGAUAAAUAUGAUAGGGAAGAAGAUAGGAGAUCUAGAAGCGUGCACAAUACUCGUGAUUCAGUAUUGUCCGGUUCUUCGAAACAUAGCUUACACCCGCUUCGCAAAAGUGCCUCACAUGGCAGCAUUUGUGACAAUGGCUCAGAUAUAUAUGUCACCAGUGCUGCAUACAGAGCCACUUCCGACAUAAGUCGGGUAUCACGUCACAGUUUAGCACCAAGCUCCAGACUGGAUCACAGAGCACCUAGUCAUUACAGCUACGGUUCCGGCAGGUCAGGUACUUCGACAGUGAAAACUCGCACAUCACGAAAAGGCGGUAUAAUUGUAGAAACUAUGUCAACGCCAAAUCCUUUCUGCCCAAACACCAAAGGCGUCUGUUGCCUCAUGUUACUUCUGAAUCUUGGUCUGAUUCUGGUCACUCUGGGCUUCGUUAUCGUCAUACAAUUUUUCCAACCAUUAGUUGUUUGGAUUUUGGGAAUAGUAUUUCUUGUGUUUGGAUUUUUGACAUUAAUCGGCAGUCUCGUGUAUUGCGUACACGUAUUCAAAAAUGCCAAACACCCACACGAUAUCAAUCCAGAAGAUCUAUAUUGGACCCAUUACUGGCAAGGACGUGUUGGUUCUACAGCACCUGAAGUAUAUUAUAAAGCAGAAGACAAAUAUCAAGAUGAUGGCUACAGUGACCGAUAUAGCAAAUAUUCGGGAAAAUAUUAUGACAGGCAAAGUCAAAGAUAUUAAUUGGAAUAUGAAGAAUAUCAUUAAAUUUUGAAAUACUAAUUAUUUUGCCAACUCUUAUAUCAUACAUUCAUAAAGAAUUUAGAAGUCAAUGACAAAUAAGAAAAAACUAAUCUCAGUGCAAUAAAAUAUACUACUUAUGCAUAUUUAUA